AUGUCACCAACAUACCGCAUCGCCUCCAUCCCCGGUGACGGCAUUGGUCCCGAGGUGGUUAGCGCCACCAUUCAAGUCGUCGAGAAACUCGCCAAAAAACUGGGGAAAUUUCAAAUUGACUUCACCCAUAUUCCCUGGGGAACUCAAUACUAUAAAGAGACUGGUCAAUAUGUCUCGGAUGAUUGCUUAGAAACGCUACGCAAAUUCGAUGCCGGCCUGUUCGGAGCCGUUGGUGCGCCGGAUGUCCCUGACCACAUCUCCCUAUGGGGUCUUCUGCUAGCCAUUCGUGGUCCGUUGCAGCUUUAUGCCAACGUCCGUCCCGUACGAACAUUCCCAGGAACCAAAUGCCCACUGAACACUGCCACAGAGGGUAUUGACUGGAUGCUUGUUCGCGAGAACUCGGAAGGUGAAUAUUCUGGUCAAGGUGGACGCUCACAUGUUGGACAAGAAUGGGAAGUCGCAACUGAAGUCGCAAUUUUCACUCGGGUCGCCAUUAAGCGCAUCAUGCGGUUCGCUUUUGAGACAGCGCAGUCUCGUCCUAAGAAGCACUUGAUCGUUGUCACCAAGAGUAACUCUAUGCGAAAUGGUAUGGUUCUCUGGGAUCAAGUUGCUUCUGAGGUAUCGAAGGACUUUCCCGACGUGGCCUGGGAGAAAAUGCUUGUCGAUGCGAUGACUGUCCGAAUGGUGGCUAAACCACAAUCAAUCGAUACUAUCGUCGGAACCAACCUGCAUAUGGACAUUCUCUCUGAUCUCGCCGCCGGACUUGCUGGAUCUAUCGGAGUUGCCCCCUCGAGUAACUUGGACCCAACUCGCAAAAAUCCGUCUAUCUUUGAGCCUGUUCAUGGUAGUGCUUUUGACAUCACUGGAAAGGGCAUCGCAAACCCAGUGGCAACGUUUUGGUCAGCAUCAGAGAUGCUCAUUUGGAUCGGGGAGAAGGAGGCCGCGGCGAAGCUUAUGCAAUGCGUCGAGACAGUCUGUGCUGCCGGUACAUUAACGCCCGAUCUUGGUGGAACCGCGAACACCCAGGGGGUGGUCGAUGCGGUUUGCGCGGAGAUUGAAAAAUUGCAUAGCUGA